GAGAGACAGAGAGAGGACAACACAGAGACAGAGACAGAGAGAGAGAGAGAGAGAGAGGACAACACAGAGAGAGAGAGAGAGAGAGAGAGAGAGAGGACAACACAGAGAGAGAGAGAGAGAGAGAGAGAGAGACAGAGAGAGGACAACACAGAGACAGAGACAGAGAGAGAGAGAGAGAGAGAGGAUAACACAGAGAGAGGACAACACAGAGAGAGAGAGAGAGAGAGAGGACAACACAGAGAGACAGAGACAGAGAGAGAGAGAGAGAGGACAACACAGAGAGAGAGAGAGAGAGAGGACAACACAGAGAGAGAGAGAGAGAGAGAGGACAACACAGAGAGAGAGAGAGACUCAUCAGGAGACGUCUCCAGUGGACAGUUUGACCUCUGACCUCUGGACCAAACUUGAUUCCUGGUCUGAUCAUAAGAGGCAGAGAUCUGCGGUGGUUCACUAAAGAGAACGACUGAGAGGAAUCUGAACAUGAAGUCAAAGCUGUGAAACAGGUUUGACAGAACCAGAAGCUGAGGAUGAGUCACGAGGAGGAAACGCUUCAGGACAAAUCUGAAACAAGAGACGAGGAAUCUACAGAAAACCGUGAAGUCAAAGACGUGAAGGUGAAACUCCAGCUGGAGAAGAAGACCAUCAGCCCCCUGACGCUCCUCAGAGACGACCUCAGCCAGUUUAAAGACGAAGUGCUGAAGGUGUUAAAGGACACGAGGGCGGAGCCUGAGGCCCGUACGUCCAAUCAGACAGGAAAUAAGGUGAGUAGCAGCACGCUCAGUCUCCUCAGGGACGACCUGAGCCAGUUGAAAGAGGACGUGGGCAGCAUCUUCAGCGUCAACGCAUCCAAAGACAAAGACGUGAAAUCUGCAGAUCCUAAAAGCAGUCAGGCAGCGGAGAGGAGCUUCAAUCCUCUGAGCCUCAUCAGGGAGGACAUCUCUAAUGUCUUCAGACUCGCUCUGUCCAAGGACAAAGACAACAGAGACCUCACGGCCCAGAAGGACAAAAUAAAAGUCCUCAGCAAUGAGAGAACCGACGUGUCCUUUCUGAGGCUGUUCAGAAGAGACCAAACUCUGAGGAGCUGUGAAACAGCAGAGGACGGACAGGAAGAUGAAAAGAGGACUUCGGAAAAGAACGAGAAACAAACAGACGAUGGCUUCACAGGACAACUCUCAGACAGCGAAGACAAGAUCAACACCAUGGAGGACCAAUCAGAGGAGAGCGAUGAGGACGACGGGUCUGAGGGGACACUGACACCACGUCCACCUGAGGAGACCAGAUCACAGACAGCAGAUCAGAGACGUGACCACGACUCUGUGGAUUCAAAGGAAGACGAGAACCAAGAAGAAAAAGGUUCAGAGACUCUUCACUUGGAGAAUCUGAUCUCUGAGCUCAGCCUCAUUAGUCUGAGAGAAGACAGAGACGAGGACAGGAGAGACCAACCGGGAGAAGAACCGUGGUCGGUGAAAAACUUCGCCAUUUAUUUGACCUUUGACCCGAGCACUGCCAACUCAGAGCUGCUCCUGUCCGCCCACAACAGGAAGGCGACUCGCGUGUGGUCGGACAAUCGCUUCCUGGAGAACACGGACCGGUUCGAGUGCUGCCCUCAGGUCCUGUGCCGGGAGGGGCUGCUGGACGCGGUGUACUGGGAGGUGGAGUGGAGCGGCGGCGCCGACAUCGGCGUCACCUACAACAGGCUCUCCAGAGCUGGAGCGCCGGCGAGCUGCCUGCUGGGACACAACGAGAGCUCCUGGAGUCUGGAGUGCUCGGAGGACAGCUACACGCCGUGUCACAACAACAAGAGGUUCCAGUCCUCCUCGCCCGACCCCUUCACCCGCAGAGUCGGGCUGUACCUGGACUGGUCUGCAGGAUCUCUGUCGUUCUACUGCAUCUCACAGGACGCCAUGGUCCACCUCCACACCUUCAGCUCCACCUUCAGCCAGCCGCUGUACCCCGGCUUCUGGGUGUGGGCCUACGACGGCUCGGUGUCGCUGUGUCAGGUGGAGUUGAACUGGGAACGUCUGCUGCAGUGAAUCCCAGUGACAGCAGUGCCACCGGAGUCCAUGUGGGGGCAGUGCAGCCGAUAGCUCAGACAGGACCAUGAGGCACAAAGAAGAAACCUCAACACUGGUGGAACUUUUUGAGAAUUGUUGAUAACCGUUGUUUAUUGUGUGAGUCUCCAGCUGGAGGCUGAGACUUCAUCACAACCUCUUCCUCCGUCGCCCUGUUAGCUGUUGUCUCUCCGCUCUGUGCUGCCCUCUGGUGGAUAUCUACAACCACGUCAAUGGACAGGACCCGUCUGAAGUGUGUGGACGGCUACAGCGUUAGAAACGUGCGUCUCUUUUUCAAACGUAAAGUUUAAAUAAACGAGCGAGAGACGCUUCAGAAUCAAUCUGAUCGAUUGAUCUGGAGAAUCAGUUAAUUAAACCUAAUUAGAAUCAGUCGGAUAAAAAGUAUUUGUUGUCAUGUGAUGUUUGUUUCAUUUGUGUUGCCUAUCUGCUGUGUGUGUAUGACUGUGUGUGUGUCUGACUGUGUGUGUAUGGUGUAUGGUGUGUGUGUGUCUGACCUGCAGCUGACUCUCCUGACUGUGUGUGUGUAUGUGUAUGACUGUGUGUGUGUGUCUGACUGUGAGUGUGUGUCUGACUGUGUGUGUAUGGUGUGUGUGUGUCUGACUGUGUGUGUGUGUCUGACUGUGUGUGUGUGGUGUGUGUGUGUCUGACUGUGUGUGUGUGUCUGACUGUGUGUGUAUGGUGUGUGUGUGUCUGACCUGCAGCUGACUCUCCUGACUGCCCCUGGUCUCCUGCAGCUCCGUCUCCAGCUGCUCCAGACGAGCAACACGCACCUGCAACACACACACAGUUCAGAUCCAGAUGUUUCCACCAGCAGCUUCACUGUGUUACAUCUCCUCAACGCUUUAGUGUGAAGUGAUAAAUGUGUCUGUAGUUUCCAUGUUGAAGUAUGUUUUAUUUCACCCUUAUGUUUAUGUUCAUGUUUUAAAACUCGCCUGCGUCCGGUGGACGAUCUCGUCACUGGAGCCGAAUCGUUCCUCCAUCACAGAUCGAAGCUGCUGAGCCUCGAACUCCAGCUGCUGCCGGAUCAGGUCCAUCUGCAGGGAGAACUGCAGGCAGAGGUCAGAGGUCAGAGGUCAGAGGUCAGAGGCUGCAGAGAAACCUCAGUGUGUGUGUGUGUGUGUGCUCACUGUGUCGAUGCGGGGCACUUGGACCAGUCUCUGGGACAGCGCCUCCAGCUGGCUGAAGUACCAGCAGCGCUCUCUCUCCUCCCGGUCGAUCUCCCCCAGCAGCUGGUUCCUGAACACACGUCACCUCGUUAAACCACUGGAGACUAAUCAGGAUUUGUGAAU